AUGGAGAGGCGGUACAACGAAUUGCUCAAGCAAUGCGAGACGAUGCAUUCGAGUGUGGGAACUAGUUCACUUGCCUAUGUUAUGCGGAAAUCUUAUAGAGAUGAGGCGAGUAGAAGCUUAGGUCGAGUUGACAAGAAUGCUGACUUAGUUAGAGAACAACAACAUAGGUCCAGUUCAGAGAUAGAAGUGAUGCAUCCGGAUUCCGUUGGACCAUCGUCUGGUUCUGGCUGCAAUGCAGAGAUA